UAACUUGAGCAGCUGUGGCAGGGAAAACAACAAAUAGGAAGGAACACGUCAGCGUUGGUUUGAUUAAGUAAUUUAUUUAUAUUUGAUUUUCUUAAUUUGUUGUUAGCUGCUAUUAAUAUCAAAAUGCCUCUCAAAUUGGAUGUACGGAGAAAAUUGCUGUCUCGUAGUGAUCGAGUCAAAUGUGUUGAUUUGCACCCGGUAGAGCCGUGGAUGCUCUCAUCACUUUAUAAUGGUUUGGUUCAUGUAUGGAAUCAUGAAAAUCAGCAAUUGGUCAAAUCCUUUGAAGUUUGUGAGGUUCCUGUUCGGUGUGCAAAAUUUGUUGCUCGUAAAAAUUGGAUUAUCACAGGGUCAGAUGAUAUGCAAAUACGGGUAUUCAAUUAUAACACUUUGGAAAGGAUUCAUCAGUUUGAAGCCCAUUCUGACUAUAUUAGAUGUAUUGUAGUACAUUCCACACAGCCUUAUGUUUUUACCUCAAGUGAUGACAUGCUUAUCAAACUUUGGAAUUGGGACAAAAAUUGGGCCUGCACUCAAGUUUACGAGGGACAUACUCACUAUGUCAUGCAAAUUGUCAUAAACCCUAAAGAUAACAAUACGUUUGCUAGUGCUUCACUUGACAGGACAGUUAAAGUAUGGCAGAUGGGGUCAAACACACCAAAUUUCACUCUAGAGGGUCAUGAGAAAGGAGUAAAUUGUGUUGAUUAUUGUUAUAGUGGUGAUAAACCUUAUCUAAUAUCUGGUGCAGAUGAUAGGACCGUCAAAAUCUGGGAUUACCAAACAAAAACUUGUGUUCAAACAUUGGAAGGGCAUGCACAAAAUGUAACUGCUGUUUGCUAUCACCCAGAGCUACCUAUCAUCAUGACUGGAUCGGAAGAUGGUACAGUUAGAGUUUGGCAUUUGAAUACUUAUCGUCGUGAAAGUACCCUUAAUUAUGGUCUUGAACGGGUAUGGACCAUUUGCUGUUUAAAAGGAUCCAACAGUGUUGCCAUUGGUUUUGACGAGGGAAGUAUUAUAAUUAAACUAGGAAGGGAGGAACCUGCUAUGUCUAUGGACAGCUCUGGUAAAAUUGUAUGGGCUAAACAUUCAGAAUUGCAGCAAGCUAAUUUAAAAGCUCUUGUCGAUCCGGAAGAAUUGAAAGAUGGCUAUAUUUUACCAUUGAAUGUUAAAGAUAUGGGAAGCUGUGAAAUUUAUCCACAAACCAUUUCUCAUAAUUCAAAUGGUCGCUUCGUAGUAGUUUGUGGUGACGGAGAAUACAUUAUUUAUACUGCCUUAACUUUACGAAACAAAAGUUUCGGUUCAGCUCAAGAAUUUGUUUGGGCCCUAGACUCAAGUGAAUAUGCUGUCAGAGAAAACACAACUUCAGUCAAACUAUUUAAAAAUUUCAAAGAAAAAACGUCAUUCAAACCAGAAGCAGGAGCAGAUGGCAUUUUUGGAGGAUUUCUUCUAGGAGUUAAAUCUGUCGCUGGACUCACUUUCCAUGAAUGGGACUCAUUAGAGAUUAUUAGAAGAAUUGAAAUUCAACCUAAAAAUGUUUAUUGGUCGGACAAUGGAGAUUUAGUAGCUAUCGCCACCGAAGAUUCUUUCUAUAUCUUAAGAUAUCUUCCUGAUAACGUUGCCAAAGCAAAAGAAAAUCGAGAUGAAUUGAUAACAGAAGACGGAAUUAUUGAUGCAUUCGAAGUAGUUACCGAUGUCCAAGAGUCUGUCAAAUCAGGUUUAUGGGUUGGAGAUUGUUUCAUUUACACUAGCUCGGUCAAUAGACUCAAUUAUUUUGUUGGUGGUCAAAUAGUCACUAUUGCACAUUUAGAUAGAACAAUGUAUCUUUUAGGAUACAUGCCGAAGGAAAAUCGUCUUUAUCUUGGUGACAAAGAAUUGAAUGUUGUUUCAUACUCUCUUCUUUUAUCAAUUUUUCUUAACGUGUAUAUUGUUCAACGUAUCAAAUAUACAGAAAUCGAUUGGAGUACUUAUAUGCAACAGGUUAAAUGUUUCCUAAAUGGCGAACUCAAUUACGCUAACAUCUCUGGUGAUACUGGUCCUAUUGUUUAUCCUGCAGGCCAUUUGUAUAUUUAUUCAAUUCUCUACUUCUUAACAAACCAAGGAACAUCAAUUCGCCUUGGUCAAUAUUUUUUCGUUAUUUUAUACAUAUUUAAUCUAGUAGCUGUUUUCAACAUUUAUAAUCAAGUUCGAAAGGUCCCUCCAUAUGUUUUGAUGAUGAUGUCCUUUACUUCAUACCGAAUUCAUUCAAUAUACUCUUUGAGACUUUUCAAUGAUCCAAUCGCCAUGUUUGCUCUCUAUUGUUCUAUCAAUCUCAUUUUAUACCGUCACUGGAAAUCAGCUGCUUUUUUAUUCAGCAUUGCAGUCUCGAUAAAAAUGAAUAUACUUCUGUUUGCUCCUGGAUUGUUGUUGAUAUUUCUUGAAGAAACUGGCCUUCGUAAUACCAUCAAGUACUUAAUAAUAUGUGCCUUAACCCAGAUUCUUUUAGGUUUACCUUUUCUCUUGACGCAUCCAGUCAGUUACAUCACUUCAGCUUUCAACUUUGGACGAGUUUUCCUUUACAAAUGGACAGUUAAUUGGCGACUAAUUGAUGAGAAAUUGUUUCUCAAUCGUCAUUUCCAUCUUUCACUUUUAACUUUACACAUUUUCUUGUUGAUCCUCUUUUUUGGCAAAAGGUAUUCGCGUCUUCUAUCGUCACCUAGAUUCUGGUCCAAAAACUCAUUCAAGUCAAUUAUCAGUAAAUCAAAUCAGGAAAAAUCAUCUAAUCAAAGAAUCCUGUUUACAUUAUUUGCAAGCAACUUGAUUGGUAUAACUGUUGCUCGAUCGCUUCAUUAUCAGUUUUAUGUCUGGUAUUAUCAUUCACUGCCUUAUUUGAUCUGGUCGACCAACUAUUCAACAGUUUCGAAGCUUUGCUUGAUGGGAAUAAUUGAAUUCUGCUGGAACAUCUAUCCAUCAACAACAUUCAGCAGUGGGCUUCUUCACUUGGCUCAUGUUUCACUUCUCUCCGCCCUUUGUGUUUAGAUUCAUUUCUCCAAAAGUUGAUUCAAUUUGGUGAUACUCAACCGAUUGGACACAAUUAAGACAAGUGCGCAUAAAGAGUUAUCAAAUAAAAGAGGCAAAAAAAUAAACCCAACUGAGCAUUCUUUUCAUUAUUAUUAUCAUUUGAAUGGCAAAAAUGCUUAUUGAUUCCCUGUUUCUGCGCACCUCUUGGGAGUUAAAAAAGUAAAGUAUAUUAUCAUUUGUUUCA